CAGCGUGCGGGGAGCAGCAGAGGAGAAACCUAAUCUCAGAGCCCAACAACACCUAGCAACAGUUGAAAAAAACUUUGAAACAAAAGUCGGGGUGGGAGAUAGGCGACUUCCAAUUCCUGCUGCUCCCGACUGAAGGAGAAGCUGCAGCUACUCUGUGCCGUUUCCUGUAUGACUUCAGCUACUGGCUAGUCCCAGCACAGUGGGAAAAGCCUUUUCCUCGGUCUUCUUUUGGGCUGGCUAGUUUUCCAGGACUCAGUCUUGGGCUGUGGGACAAGCCACUGGGUUCUACAAGGGAUAAACCAGCCGAGAGACAGCACACCUUUGGUUGAAGGAGCCGCCAGCAGGUGGGAAUGAGGUCCCGAAACCAGGGUGGAGAAAGCUCAUCUAAUGGGCACGUCUCCUGCCCCAAGUCCUCCAUCAUCAGCAGUGCCGGUGAUCUAAGACCCUCAGAAGACGCAAAAAAGAACAAGGCGAAUCGGAAGGAGGAGGAUGUCAUGGCUUCGGGAACUGUCAAACGGCAAUUCAAACCAUCUGGAGAAAGUGAGAGAAAGACUAAGAAGUCGCUGGAGCUAUCCAAGGAGGACCUCAUCCAGCUCCUGAGUAUAAUGGAAGGAGAGCUGCAGGCUAGAGAAGACGUGAUCCACAUGCUGAAGACAGAGAAAACCAAGCCUGAGGUUCUGGAGGCGCAUUAUGGAUCUGCAGAACCAGAGAAAGUGCUUCGGGUCCUGCACCGAGAUGCCAUCCUCGCUCAAGAGAAGUCCAUAGGAGAAGAUGUCUAUGAGAAACCUAUCUCAGAGCUGGACAGACUGGAGGAGAAGCAGAAGGAGACGUACCGCCGCAUGCUGGAGCAGCUGCUGCUGGCGGAGAAGUGCCACAGGCGCACCGUGUACGAGCUGGAGAACGAGAAGCACAAGCACACUGACUACAUGAACAAGAGCGACGACUUCACCAACCUGCUGGAGCAGGAGCGAGAGAGGUUGAAAAAGCUCCUUGAACAGGAGAAGGCUUACCAAGCCCGCAAGGAGAAAGAAAAUGCUAAGAGGCUCAAUAAACUCCGGGAUGAGCUUGUGAAGCUCAAGUCGUUCGCACUCAUGCUGGUGGAUGAGAGGCAAAUGCACAUUGAGCAGCUGGGCCUGCAGAGUCAGAAGGUCCAGGACCUCACUCAGAAGUUGAGGGAGGAGGAAGAAAAGCUCAAAGCCAUCACCUACAAAUCCAAAGAAGACCGCCAGAAACUGCUCAAGUUAGAAGUGGACUUUGAGCACAAGGCCUCGAGGUUUUCCCAGGAGCACGAAGAGAUGAACGCCAAGUUGGCUAACCAAGAAUCUCACAACAGGCAACUUAGACUCAAACUGGUUGGCUUAUCUCAAAGGAUUGAGGAGCUGGAAGAGACCAAUAAAAGUCUCCAGAAGGCGGAGGAAGAGCUUCAGGAGCUGAGGGACAAAAUCGCCAAAGGCGAAUGUGGAAACUCCAGCCUCAUGGCGGAGGUAGAAGGUCUGCGCAAGCGCGUGCUUGAGAUGGAGGGCAAGGACGAGGAGAUCACGAAGACCGAGGCCCAGUGCAGGGAGCUGAAGAAGAAGCUCCAAGAGGAGGAGCACCACAGCAAGGAGCUGAGACUGGAGGUGGAGAAGCUGCAGAAGCGGAUGUCCGAACUGGAGAAGCUGGAGGAAGCCUUUAGCCGGAGUAAGUCGGAAUGCACGCAGCUCCAUUUGAAUCUUGAGAAAGAGAAGAACCUAACCAAAGACCUGCUGAAUGAGCUGGAGGUGGUCAAGAGCCGAGUGAAAGAGCUUGAGUGCUCGGAGAGCAGACUGGAGAAGGUCGAGUUAAGCCUGAAAGACGACCUGACGAAGCUCAAGUCCUUCACUGUGAUGCUGGUGGAUGAAAGGAAAAAUAUGAUGGAAAAAAUAAAGCAAGAAGAGAGGAAAGUGGACGGGCUGAACAAAAACUUCAAGGUGGAACAGGGAAAGGUGAUGGAUGUCACCGAGAAGCUGAUUGAGGAAAGCAAGAAGCUCUUAAAACUCAAGUCUGAAAUGGAGGAAAAGGUGUACAGUUUGACAAAGGAGAGAGAUGAAUUGAUGGGCAAGUUGAGGAGUGAAGAAGAGAGGUCCUGCGAACUGAGCUGUAGCGUUGACUUGCUGAAGAAGCGGCUUGAUGGCCUAGAGGAGGUGGAGAGGGAGAUAAACAGAGGCAGGUCGUGCAAGGGGCCUGAGUUCACCUGCCCGGAGGACAACAAGAUCAGGGAGCUGACACUUGAGAUCGAGAGGCUGAAGAAGCGUCUCCAGCAGUUGGAGGUGGUGGAAGGGGAUUUGAUGAAGACCGAGGACGAGUAUGACCAGUUGGAGCAGAAGUUCAGAACUGAGCAGGAUAAGGCGAACUUCCUCUCCCAGCAGCUGGAGGAGAUCAAGCACCAAAUGGCCAAGAACAAGGCCAUAGAGAAAGGCGAGGCUGUCAGUCAGGAAGCCGAGCUGCGACACAGGUUUCGGCUGGAGGAGGCCAGGAGUCGCGACUUACAGGCCGAGGUGCAGGCCCUCAAGGAGAAGAUCCACGAGCUCAUGAACAAAGAAGACCAGCUGUCCCAGCUCCAGGUCGACUAUUCGGUCCUUCAGCAGAGGUUCAUGGAAGAAGAAAACAAGAACAAGAACAUGGGGCGGGAGGUUCUCAACCUGACCAAAGAGCUGGAGCUUUCCAAGCGCUACAGCCGAGCUCUCAGGCCCAGCGGCAACGGCAGGAGGAUGGUGGACGUGCCGGUGGCCUCCACCGGGGUGCAGACAGAGGCCGUGUGCGGGGAUGCUGCGGAGGAGGAGGAGACUCCGGCUGUGUUCAUUCGCAAGUCCUUCCAGGAAGAGAACCACAUCAUGAGUAAUCUUCGGCAGGUGGGCCUGAAGAAACCCAUGGAACGGUCCUCGGUCCUCGACAGGUAUCCCCCAGCCGCCAACGAGCUCUCCAUGAGGAAGUCUUGGAUUCCGUGGAUGAGAAAAAGAGAAAACGGCCCCUCCACCCCGCCAGAGAAAGGGCCCAGGCCAAACGCGGGAGCAGGGCACCCCGGCGAGCUGGUCCUGGCCCCGAAGCAGGGCCAGCCCCUGCACAUCCGCGUGACACCGGACCACGAGAAUAGCACCGCCACCCUGGAGAUCACGAGUCCCACAUCCGAAGAGUUCUUCUCUAGUACCACCGUCAUUCCGACCUUAGGCAACCAGAAACCAAGGAUAACCAUUAUCCCAUCACCCAACGUCAUGUCGCAGAAGCCCAAAAGUGCAGAUCCUACUCUAGGCCCAGAACGAGCCAUGUCCCCUGUCACCAUCACUACUAUUUCCAGAGAGAAGAGCCCCGAAGGGGGAAGGGGCGCGUUUGCAGACAGGCCUGCGUCCCCCAUCCAGAUCAUGACGGUGUCGACCACGGCGGCUCCCCCUGAAAUCGCUGUCGCUCCUGAAUCCCAGGAAGUACCCAUGGGAAGGACUGUCCUCAAAGUCACCCCGGAAAAACAAACUGUUCCAAGCCCCGUGCGGAAGUACAACUCCAAUGCCAACAUCAUCACCACGGAAGACAAUAAAAUUCACAUUCACCUGGGGUCUCAGUUUAAACGAUCCCCCGGGCCUGCCGCUGAAGGCGUGAGUCCAGUCAUCACCGUCCGGCCUGUCAGCGUGACAGCUGAGAAGGAGGUCUCUACAGGCACAGUCCUUCGCUCUCCCAGGAACCACCUCUCUUCGCGGCCUUGUGCUAGCAAAGUGACCAGCACUAUAACCAUAACCCCGGUCACAACCUCAUCCACCCGAGGAACCCAGUCAGUGUCAGGACAAGAUGGGUCAUCUCAGCGGCCUACACCCACCCGCAUUCCUAUGUCAAAAGAGAGCGUCAUUAUUCACCAGUUGCGAAUGAGCUCCCGAUGAGACUCCCCAGCACAGCCCUCAGUCAUCACUAAGGUCCACCACGCGACUGAUGUUGACUGGAAACAUCCUAUGACUUCCAGUAAUUUUUUUUUUUUGAGGAUUCAAUUUAACAGUUAAAAACCACAUUGUGGAAGAUAUCAACGUAUGUGGCAAAAGCAAUUGAAUCUUUGUGCCCAAAGAAAGUUUUCUUCUCUUUGCAAAGCUUUCACGUCUGUGGCAUAUGCUGUAUAAUUUAUUUUUACAAUACAUUUUGUAAUGCGACUUUUCCCCCUAAGUUGUUUCUUUUCUCAUAGUCUCUGGCACAUAUAUCUGUAGACUGCACUGUCAGUUUUUCAGAGUAUUGGUGUUGUGUAAUCGAAAAGUCUAACCUAUCAUUUUCCUUUUAUUCAUUUGUUAUUUUUAAGAAAAAGGAAGCUUAACACUCUAUUUCCCCAGACAACUUUAAGAGGUAAAACCCAGAAACAGUAGAUUUCAGGAGUUUGUUUGUAUGAUGCUGUGGUUCUGCUCCUGGUUCAACACUAAAAAACAGUGUUCUGACUUAGGAGUUCAAGUACUUAAAACCAAUUUGUAAGUGUUCUGUAUGAAAAACAAACAGCUUUGAAUGGCAGUUCAACUUUAUCUCUAUCUGCAUUAUUUAAUUCUGUGUAUAACAUAUAGUCAUGACUGUAAUGCCAGGGUAUUUCCCAUAUAGUACCCCCUCUCCCAUGAAAACUUGCAAAUAAAAACUGACCUAGAUAAUGUCAACUUUUUUUUUCUCCAAAAAACAGGAACACCUGAAGGUAGAUAUUCAUUUCCCUAUGAUUUUGAUAGUUUUAAAACUACUUGUAAGUAGGAAAACAACUUCUUCUCCUCUUCCUCCUCCUCCUUUUCCUUCUUCUCCUCUUCUUCCUCCCCCCUCCCCCUUUUCUUCACGUUGGUACAGGUUCUUGCUAUGUAUCCCCAGCUGGCCUAAAACUGGCUGUGUGGACUAGACUGGCCUUAAACUCACAGGCCUUGAACUGCCUGUCUGCGCCUCUCACAACUGCUGGGGGACCAAAGGCAUGUGUCACCAGCUAAGAAUACAUUUUUGGAAGAAUUAAGAACCUACCAUUUACUACUCAAAUUUCACUGUCAAAGCUGCUGUUGAAUUUAGGUUUGGGUGAAAACGUGAAGUCUGUUUGAAACUGCGGCAAAACAACCACAACAAAACACUGUUGGUGUGAGUGUAUUUCUAAUAAGGUCUUUAAAAUAACUCCGAAAGUUCUGAGUUGGCGGUUCAGUUUCUAAACCCAGAAGUCAUUUACCGUGCUACUCCAGUGUGAUUAAAGAGCCAGUGCAUCUUCUGAAUGUUAUGAGGUGAAUAAAAUCACCCACAUAAUGUACUGUCGGCUCACUUCUGCAGUCCACAGCUGUACCCACGCCAGCCACAGAGGGACGUUUACAGUGUCUCUGGAAUAGGAAACCCAAUGCUAAACUUCCUCCCUAAUGUAACCUGGGUUUUAAUGUAUUCUGUGGAACUGACAAAUGAUAUUCAAUAUAUACAUAUUGUAAAUUAAAUAACUAUAUUUUCUAAAAAUUAUUUUUACUGAAUUUUUAAAAGUAAAAUGUUAUGUUGGGCUUGAAUGAUUGUGGCUUUGGUUACUGUGGUUUUGAUUACUGACACAGAAGCCUAGACUAUAUGUGUGUGUGUGAAGAUUUUUAAAAGUGUUGUUUUCUCAAAAUGUUGAAAUGUAAUGACACUUUCAAUUACAAAACAGUUCUUGUUUUAUUUGGUAUUUUUAUGUUGUCAGGGAGGUAAAGUUUUGAGGUGGAACAGUUCCCAAAGCUAAAUUAUUUGCUUUAAGUUAAAACAUUACUACGAUGUGUAGACGGACGUGCUGGGUCUCCUCCCCUUCUGAGUUGUAAAGAAUCUUGGUAUCCGCAAAGACAGUGACAAUCAUGUUGCAAACAGUCAUCUGGGUAGAUUGCUGAGAUUUUUUUCUUUGUUUAAACCUGAGUGACAGAUAAGUACAAUGAGCACGCUAAAUUUGAAAUAAGAGACUAUUAACAUACACGUUGAGAAUCUCAUCUUAGCAACCUUGUCUAAUUGUAAAAGUUGCCUUCACAAGCAGUUCUGGCACUAACCUGGAUCAUGUCACAUAACUUCAAUUUCUUUUACUGUAAAUACGUCUCCAUCAAUUUGAAUGAGGCUAAUUUUUGGAUGGAAUGAUUUACAUGUUUUCUGAAGUGUAGUCAGUAUUUCUAGUUCAAGUUGUUUUGUUUUGAAGACAGGGUCUCCUUCUGUAGACCUGAUUGGCCUGGAACUCAGAGAUCCUGUCCCUCUCUGUUUCCUGAGUGCUGGGAAUAAAGGUGUGCAAUACAAUACCCAAGCCUUUACACUUGUUUUGAGACAGGGUUUCACUCUCUGUCCCAGGCUCUCCUCAAACACACCCUGUAGCUAAGGAUGGGAAUGAACUCAUGAUCUUGUCUCAGUCGCCUGAGUGUUAGGACUAUAAGCAUGAGUCACAAUGCUGACUACACCUUUCUUCUUGGUAACUGGUUUCGCUUAUUUGAUUUUGGUUUUCAUGAUAUCUUCUGCAUUUUUCAAGUGUUCAUAAAGUAUUGAGCUUGAUGAAGAUAGCGGACAGAGUACGUGCACAGGAUGGUAGCACCCAGAGUAUACAUAAAGUAUGAAUUCAUCGAGUCUUUUUUUUUUUUUUAUAAGAGAUAAACUUUUUUUUUUUUUUAAAGAUUUUAUUUAUUUUAUUAUGUAUACCAUGUUCUGCCUGCAUGUAUACCUGAAUGCCAGAAGAGGGCACCAGAUCACAUUAUGGAUGGUUGUGAGCCACCAUGUGGUUGCUGGGAAUUGAACUCAGGACCUCUGGAAGAGCAAGCAGUGCUCUUAACCUCUGAGCCAUCUCUCCAGCCCCGAAUUCAUCGAGUCUUAAGAUAACCACUAAGAAAUCAUCAUGUGGAAUAUCUAGUUUAAGCAGUAAGAGCAACACAGACACUACUGAAAUAACUUGGAGCUAGUGGAAGUCAGAGGCAAAGCAAGAGUAAAUGGAUUAUUAGGCAGGUGAUGCUUUUAUCCAAUGCCAUAAUUGAACUUCUCUGGAAAGUCAGAAAAAAACAUGGCAGAAGUUAAGUAUGUUAGUGUAUUGUUUGAGCAACACAUCCAAAAAUAGCAGAAAUACAAAAUAAAACUGAAAACUCAUAGUUGGUACCUGAGGCUCAUGCCCUCAUCUCCAUUACUAAACCAAUACUAAAAAGACUAAUUAAAAGGCAAAGAAAAAAAAGAAUAAAAAUAUCUGUAAGAAACUUAUAAAAAUUAGAAGUUUUAUCACCAUUAUUAUUUGUUUCUUAAGUUCUCAGUAUGUGUUUUAUAACUUCAUAAUAACUGUGUGUUCCUUAUGGAAAAAUGUAAGUUUUUGGACAGGUAUGUUUAUGGAUUCCAUGGUGCGAGGCAGGCAUUUUCUGCUUUUUCUUUGUGGUUUAUGUUAUUUAGGGGUAUUUCACCUAAUCAUCCAACAGGUUUUGUUACUUUACAGUGCAAAUUGGACUUUUAAAUCUAAUUCUUUAACAAAAGCAUAUAAGGUAUUCAUUUAUCCAAUAUAAUAAACAUAUAAUGUGAUCAGUCUUAGAAUUAUUCAAAUUUUAGCAGUUUUCAAAAGCAAGAGUGCAUCUUGAAAACCUUUUAGAAAUAUUUUGUAUUUCCUAUCAUUCUUAAUUUGCCUCCUUUAAGUUCUAUUAAGUACGUAAGUUGAUUAUUUUACACUAAAAUGACAUGAUUUUAUGUACUUGUCUUUUAGAAGAAGUGAGAUACCCUGUUUUCAGCUCUUCACAGGUGAUUGAAAUUACAAUUCAGACGUUCUUUGUGCUACUUUUGAAAGCAAAUACAUUUGUGGAGAUCUCACAAGAGUAUGAAAAAAUGACAAUGAAAUACGAAUGCAUCGUGCAGUCUUCUUCUUACAUCAGAGCACAAUAUUCAUAAAAUUAAAACAAUUUAAAAUAAA